CUAUAGAGCAUUUUUAAUAAUCAUUAACAAAAAAUGGAAUGUAAUAUCGACGAUUUACCAGAUGUCGUUUUAGAAUACAUUUUAAGUCUUAUUCCACCAUACAAAAAUCUUCAAGAAUGUAAACUUGUAUCCAAAAGAUGGUUCCGUGCUACUAAGAAUGUAAUACAACACAAUAAAGCACAUUUUCACAAAUCCGUAGCAUACGGAUCAUUGCUUUGGAGUCCAUGGCCACCCGAACAUGGAACACCUACAAUUGCAAAGAGACAUUCACAUUCUGCUUGUACAUAUGAAAACUCAAUGUAUGUCUUUGGUGGAUGUACUGCUAGAUACACAACAUUCAAUGAUUUAUGGAGAUUAGAUCUAGAUACAAGAAAAUGGAUCAGAUUAAUUACCAUGGGAACUUAUCCAUCUCCUAGAGGUUGUGCUACUAUGUUAUAUUAUAAAAAAAGUUUUAUUUUAUUUGGUGGAUGGUCCCAUCCAGAACUAUGUUCUGUAUAUCAGCAAUUGAAAUUUUACAAUGAAUUACAUGUGUAUUCUAUAGAAUCCAAUAGAUGGAUUGUUAUAAACACCUUGGAAACACCUCCACCUACUUCAGCACAUUCUGCAUCAAUCCACAAAAAUUAUAUGAUUGUUUUUGGUGGUAUAUGUAAUGGAUAUAGAUCCAAUGACGUGUGGUGUUUAAAUCUAGAUUCUUAUAGUUGGCAUAAACAAGCUACUUCAAAUUUGAAGCCACAACCACGCUAUGGUCAGUGUCAGAUUGAGCUUGGAGAUAAGCAUCUUCUUGUAUUAGGUGGUUGUACUGGACCUAAUGAUGUUAUGAAUGAUGCCUGGUUAUUGAAAAUGGAAGGUACAGCAUGGACAUGGAAAAAAGUAAAUAUGCACAAUACAGAGUGGGCACCAACGCGUAUUUGGGGUCACCAGGCUUGUAAGGUUGGAAACUAUGUUGUUGUUCUUAGCAUAAGUAAAUGCCAAAAUAAGCCAAAUGAUAUGAGUAUAUCGUUCAAAAAGGUUACUUGCCAAACAGCACCUUCAGCAAGAACAAGUAAUGCAUCUUCAUCAUUACAUGGAAGACAAGGAAGUGUAUCUCAUGUUGAUAGAGAUGUAAACAUUAAUGGACGACAUGGUUCCUUCUCAGGAAUAUCAAUACAAAAUCCACGUCCUUCACACCAUCCCCCUAAUAUUAAAAAAAAUUUUACGUUAUGUUAUGAUAAUAUGUUAAGUAUGACCGCUUUUCGCAAUGAACCAGUACGUUAUAAUAGUCACCGACAAAAUCAAUUAGAAUGUUUUCAUAGAGUGGCAGAACGUGUGAGAUAUGAAAAAAUGCAAUCAAAAUCUGCAAAGAAAGCAAGAAAUACUUUGUCUAUAUUUGUUUUGGAUAUUACAAAUGUCUUAUGUGAUGAAUGCAGUGCUUCGUGGAUUCCUUUACAACGUAAUGGUCAGUCGGGUCCUAAUGAAAGAGUACUUUAUUCACUCGUAGCUGGUCGUGGUGAACUAAUAGUAUUUGGAGGUAUUGGAAAAGAACAAGCAUCCAGCUAUCCUGAGAUGUAUGAACCUAAAGUUUAUAAUGAUCUCCAUUUUAUAAAUCCCCCAAGAUAUGUUAUUUAAUAUCUUGUAGAAAUAAAUAAUAUAUUUCUAUGUUCGA